AUGUUGAGAGCGUUGGUGGAUCAGCGACCUAACUGCUGCGUUGGAGAAAUAUUUGUAGUGUUGGAAAGAACGAUAGCAGAAUACGAGGCGGAACUUUCUAGAAUAAAAGAGGAGAACUAUCAACUACUGGACGCUGUUUUCAAGAAACAUCGAGUUGUGUUACACAGAACAGACGUCGAUGAUGAGCAGGAGGAAGAACCACCACUCUUUUGCAUAAACAAGGAAGAAGAGGUGCCCCAGCCUCCAAACAUUAACAAUGAAGAGGAGGUACCACAGCCCCAAUACAUUAAAGAGGAAGAGGAGGAACACAGCAUCAGUCAGGAGGGAGAUCAUAUUGAAGGACUGGUGGAGUUCCCAGUGACUGGUGUCCCUGUGAAGAGUGAAGAUGAUGAGGUCAAAGGUGAAAGUGAGGAGAAGAGAGAGGCGGAGCCUCCAAGCAGCAGCUCAACACAACACAUGACAACAGAAGCUGAUGGAGACCACUGUGGAGGAUCACAAGCAGACAAGCUCUUAGCUCCUCUAUCAGAUAGUGAGGACACAACGUCACACUCUCCUGACACUAAAGAUGAAAGGACAUGGGACCCUGACAACUUUUACUGGAAAUGUUCUCACUGUGACAAAAGUUUUGGCCUCAGAAAGUCUCUAAAUAGACACAUGAAAAAUCACACUGGAGAGAAACCAUUUCCGUGCUCGGCGUGUAAUCAAGUAUUCAGCAUAAAAGCAGACCUGAUAAAACACGCAAGAAUACACACUCAAGAGAAACCUUUUCCUUCUUCAGUGUGUGACGAACCUUUCACAUGGAGUGAAAGUUUGAAAAGACACAUAAGAAGACACCCUGGAGUGAAACUAUUUUUCUGUUCGGUGUGUGGGGCAGGUUUUGUUAAAAAGGACAGUUUGAAUAAACAUAUGACAACACACACGGGAGAAAAACCUUUUUCCUGCGCAACCUGUGGCAUGUGUUUUUCAAGGAAGGACAGUUUGAGAGAGCACACAAGAAGACACACCGGAGAAAAACCUUUUCCCUGCUCAACCUGUGGUUUAUGUUUUUCCAGGAGGGACCGAUUGAAAGAGCACACAAGAACGCACACUGGAGAAAAACCUUUUUCCUGCUCCGUGUGUGAUUCAAAUUUUGGCCGAGGUGAUUAUUUGAAAAUCCACAUGAGAAUGCACACUGGAGAAAAACCUUUCUCCUGUACAACCUGUGGUUUAUGUUUUACAAGGAAGAGCAGUUUGAAUUAUCACACGAGAAUACACACUGGGGGGAAAGUGCUGAGUUGCAGUGUGUGUGAUGAAAAAUUCUCUCAUGAGUACCAACUCAGCAAACACAAGUGUGCUGGUGAGAACAGCGGCAGUAAAAUAGAAAAGCGCUCCGCAGACCUCCACCAGGAUCCGGAUGUUGAUCAGGACCAACACCGAAAUGGUGCUCACAUGCCUGUACUUUAGACCAGACCAGUGUCCUACAGGCGUCAACAAUUAAAUUAUCCUAAGCAGGAGGAGCCACAGCCCCCCA